AUGUUUGACUUGAACAAUCGCAAACUAAUUCAAUCAUUUUCAACCUCCUCAAAUGUAAAUAAAGUAAUUUGUUAUUACGCUAGCUGGGCUGCAACGAGACCAGGAAAUGGUAAAUUCGUACCGGAAGAUAUUGACCCAACUUUGUGCACACAUGUGAAUUAUGCUUUUCUUGGAUUGAAUGAUGAUGGUACUCUUGAAGUACUCGAUGAAGAGAAUGAUAUAAAUCAAGGUGGUUUUACACGUGUCAGUGCUUUGAAGGCCAUUAACCCAGACUUGAAAGUUCUAAUAAGCGUUGGUGGAGCUGCUGCAGAUACAGGAGUUUUUUCAACAAUUGCUGCUAGUCCAGAAAAACGAGAAGCUUUAGCAGCAAAUGCUAUCGAAUUUUUUGAAACUUAUAAUUUUGAUGGUCUGGAUGUCGAUUGGGAAUACCCUGGAGGUGGCGACAUAGAGACAUAUAUAGAUCUUCUUUCAACUUUGAAAGAAGCAUUCGAACCCAAAGGAUAUCUGGUUACUGUCGCUGUUAAUUCAAUACCUUAUGAGGUUGGAGGCUACGACAUAGCAGCAAUGUCAAACGUUUUAGACUUAAUCAACGUUAUGACCUACGAUUUUCAUGCCGGAUGGGGAAAUACAGCGGAAAAUUCUCCUUUGUAUGGUGGAGUGAACGAAAGUCAAUGGACAAAGGAAAAUCGUAAUGCUGACGCAGCAAUUAGGUAUUGGUUAGAUGGUGGAGCCGAUCCACAAAAGGUUGCCAUUGGUGGGGCUUUUUAUGGUCACACUUGGAUUCUUUCUAAUCCGGAUAACCAUGGACUGGAUGCUCCUACCGCUAGCCCAGGUGAUCCAGGAGAGUACACGCAAAAUAUGGGAAGCUUAGGGUACAAUGAGGUUUGUGAGUUUCACCCCAAUGGAACUGUGGUUUUCUUGGAUGACAUGAAAGUUCCUUACCUGUACGACAAUAAAUUUUGGAUUGGUUUUGACAAUGAAGAAUCUUUAGCUUACAAGGUGCAAUAUGCUAAAGAAAAAAAUCUGGCUGGAAUUUUUAUUUGGUCUAUUGAAACCGACGACAUGCAUGGAUUUUGUGGCGAAAAGAACGGAUUGUUGAAAGCGAUAAAUAAGGAAAUUAAAAGUAUAUAA